CCUGGCGUUGAUGAUGUCCAAGGGAGCCGAAGGCGGAAAUGCCACUUCUGUUCCGCCAUAGAUAAACCUGUAAAAGUAAACUAGUUAAAGAUAGCAAUUUAAUUUGGUGCUGUUAGCAAAUACUCUGCACAAAGUUCAUGUAUAAAUAGGCUUUUCUUUGAUUCUUUGGAAAGAAUUUGGAGCAUUUGCACUGCCCCCGUCUUCUCAGAUUCAGUGAUUGCUUCCUUUGCCGCUUGGGACAAAACUUCUAUUUUGAGAGAAAUGGAGAUUCCACAGGCAUGUUCCUUCACUGGCAGGAUCAAAAUGAACCGAAUUGCCCGAGCAGUAUGGUCUUGCCAGGAAUACCUCAAGCAAGCAAUUCUGAAGCAUUCACUUGUGAAGGAUAGAGCCGAGAUGAGCAGAGUAUUCACGCGAUAUGGCUGUGUCACCUCCUAUCCAGAUAUGCAGGAAAAGGGUUUAGAGAACACGACUGUGGCAGAUGUGUUGAUGACAAAAGGAGACGAAAAGGUCGGAUCUUGGCUGUGGUGCCAAAGUAAUGACACUGUCCGGGAUGCUGUGAAACAAAUGGCAGAGAAUAAUGUUGGGUCUUUGGUGGUUCUGAAACCAGGAGAGCAGCAACUGAUUGCAGGAAUCAUCACAGAAAGAGACUAUAUCCGUAAAGUAAUAGGACAGGAUAGACAGCCUAAAUUCACGAAAGUUGUGGAAAUCAUGACUGAUCAGAGUAAGUUGAUAACAGUGAGAUCUGAUACAAAUAUUCUUCAAGCAAUGCAGCUCAUGACAGAGAAUCAGAUACGGCAUGUCCCUGUGGUAGAUGGACGGAUUGUUGGAAUGAUUUCCCUUGUAGAUGUUGUCCGAGCAGUGGUUGAGCAGCAAAGCGGGGAAGUGAAAAAAUUGAAUGAAUUCAUUAAGGGACAAUACUAUUAAAAAUUUUACUAUCUAUUUGGUUGCGUACUGAUUCCAUAAACUCUUUACCAUCUGUCCUUGUGAUUCUUAAGCGCAACCAUGCAAUGCACCUACAGACAAGUCACAUGGACACUGAUGAUGGAAGUCAAAGUUAUUUGUUUGUUGUCACAGUGCCCUAGUAAUGAAUGAUUUUUAUAGUGGGAAGAAAGUUGCAGCAUUAGAUGCUAGAAACUAGACAUUGUGGAUGUGAACAAUUGAAACUGCAGAAACAAUGCAAGAUUAAGAAAGUGAUAUAGACUGAUGUUUAAUGUAACUAGUA